CCUACAGCUGAGGUUGCAGGGAGAACUGGAACUGAGCUCGCCGUAGGGGGAAGCGGCGCGUGAAAUCCGCCCCCCACCCCGAACCCCACUUCCGAGGGAGUGGGUUGAUAGAGGGGAGGUUGGGGUUGGAGCAGCGGCGCGGGGGCCCCUCCCUCGCACCUCCCCCCACCGGACUUGGUCGCGCCCGAAGUGUAACACUUUCUCUUUGUCGGAGGAGCUUCGCUGUUUCUUGUGCUGUACCUCCGGUUGCGGCGGCACCCGUGGCAGCCCUGGCGGACGCAGGAGCGAUGGCAGCGACCGACAUAGCUCGCCAGGUGGGUGAAGGUUGCCGAACCGUCCCCCUGGCUGGACAUGUGGGGUUUGACAGCUUGCCCGACCAGCUGGUGAAUAAGUCAGUCAGCCAGGGCUUCUGCUUCAACAUCCUGUGCGUGGGAGAGACAGGUUUGGGCAAAUCUACCCUCAUGGACACCUUGUUUAACACCAAGUUUGAGGGGGAGCCAGCCACCCACACACAACCAGGUGUACAGCUCCGGUCCAAUACUUACGACCUCCAAGAGAGCAACGUGGGCCUAAAGCUCACAAUUGUUAGCACGGUGGGCUUUGGGGACCAGAUCAACAAGGAGGACAGCUACAAGCCCAUCGUAGAAUUCAUCGACGCCCAGUUCGAAGCCUACCUGCAGGAGGAGCUGAAGAUCCGCAGGGUACUGCACACCUACCACGACUCCCGAAUCCACGCCUGCUUGUACUUCAUCGCCCCCACGGGCCAUUCCCUGAAGUCUCUGGACCUGGUGACCAUGAAGAAGCUGGAUAGUAAGGUGAACAUCAUCCCUAUCAUUGCCAAAUCAGAUGCCAUCUCUAAGAGUGAGCUAACAAAGUUCAAAAUCAAAAUCACCAGCGAACUUGUCAGCAAUGGGGUCCAGAUCUACCAAUUCCCUACAGAUGAUGAGUCUGUGGCAGAGAUCAACGGAACCAUGAACGCCCAUCUGCCAUUUGCUGUCAUCGGUAGCACGGAGGAGCUGAAGAUAGGCAACAAGAUGAUGAAGGCACGGCAGUAUCCUUGGGGCACGGUGCAGGUCGAGAACGAGGCCCACUGCGACUUCGUGAAGCUGCGGGAGAUGCUGAUCCGGGUGAACAUGGAUGACCUCCGGGAGCAGACCCACAGCCGGCACUACGAGCUGUACCGGCGCUGCAAGCUGGAGGAGAUGGGCUUCAAGGACACCGACCCCGACAGCAAACCCUUCAGCUUACAGGAGACAUAUGAGGCCAAAAGGAAUGAGUUCCUAGGGGAGCUCCAGAAAAAAGAAGAGGAGAUGAGACAGAUGUUCGUCCAGAGAGUCAAAGAGAAAGAAGCUGAACUUAAAGAGGCAGAGAAAGAGCUGCAUGAGAAGUUUGACCGCCUGAAGAAACUACACCAGGACGAGAAGAAGAAGCUGGAGGAUAAGAAGAAAUCCCUGGACGAUGAAGUGAACGCCUUCAAACAGAGAAAGACAGCAGCUGAGCUGCUCCAGUCCCAGGGCUCGCAGGCUGGAGGCUCACAGACUCUGAAAAGGGACAAAGAAAAGAAAAAUAAUCCAUGGCUGUGUACUGAAUAGUAUUCCCCGCUACAGCUGGACUGGACUCCAUUUAGCCUUUUAAAGCCAAGGUUCUGAUUUUAACUGACAGCUUUCCUUUGGGGUGCCAGGCAGCAGCCCCCACCCCUGUCCCUGCCGUGUACUUCCACUUGGAGUCCCACCUCUUCUGAGUUCUGCCUCCGAGUCCACUGGCACUGAUCAUGACUCUUCUCUCUCUCUUUUUUUUUUUUUUUUGAUCGCCUUUUAUUUUUUUAAUUUUCCAAAACACACAGUUAAACCUGGCUGUGCCAAAUUUUCAGGGCUUUUUGAAGCAUUGAGAAUGGGGAGGGAGGGGUUUCCCUCUCUCUUCCAUAAUAGGUAAUAAAUAAAAGGAAGUGGUAAAGUAGAGCAAACAAAAAGCAAACGUACACACACCCUUUAUAUUUUCUUGUUGGCAGAGCAAGAGUGCAGUUUUGAUGGGUAUUGUGGGGUGAGUCACUGAUUGGUUAGUGGCCAGAGGCAAGUUUGAAGUAUACACUAGUUUCUUGAGAAAAAUCCAAGUCUCACAGUGGAGCAUUUUAGGAGACCCCAUGCUUGGAGGUUCCAAACAAAACAAACAAAAACGUGAAUACUCAGCCAGUAGCUCUGAGAGAUGCUAAAUUAGGGCUGACACGUCUCCUUGGGAAAGGCAUCUUACUUGCUGCUUUGCUGUCUCUCCAUCCAGUUUUACAGCUUUCCUAAGAAUCCCAAACUUACAGGACCAGCUGAUCUCCUUUUCCCUGGGUUAUUAUUUGCAUCACAAAUAAUAGGGCCCUCAUUUGCAUUUGUUUACACAUUAACUACUUGAGGCCUGAAGAGCUCUGAAAACUUCAUAAGUAGCAGACUGCCACCCGGCCUUUGGGAAAACUUCAGAAACCAAGCAGGAAUUUCGUGUCAAGGGAGAAAUUUUGGUCUGUCAGACGCAACCCAAAGGAAACAGACCUGGAGAAGUCGAGGGACUUGCGAUAUGUCCCAGUGCUGCUUGGUGGCAGAAGCCAGGCGAAAUUCAGUGUCCCCUGACUCUGGAUCCGUUUCACAAAUGGAUUCAACCUCUCCUAUGUGGUGCUGGAUACCAAGGUCCUUUGAUGUUCAGAGAAAAUGAAUAGUUAGCAUUGCAGGGCCUUUGAGGGUUUUUUCCCCCCAUAGAAAAAUAUCUGAGGAUGGAGUGGGUAGGAGCGGGCAAAGCAGAGGACUCCAGGCCAGCUCCUGAACUGAGCGUUUCUGCUGACGGCGCCUGUUGGCUGGUCAGUUUUCCUGGAAGUCUGGAAUGGGGCCCAGGCCUGCGAAUGUUCAACAGGUGCCCUACAUGAUCCUUGUAAUCAAGGAAGUUUGGUAAACAAAAAAAGUCUAACUUGUGAGUAAACAUAAGGCCUUUAGAAAGUUGAUUAAAAGGAUUAAAAUAGUUAUUUUCCUGGGUAGCUUUUCUCACUGUCGACAGAAACGGGGUUCCCCCCCCCAUUCAGUGAAGAAGGUUUUUAAUCAGUACAAUUGUUAUUUUUUUAAAAUACCCUGAGUACUCUGUUAACUUGUGGUGAAACAAAUCCAGUCAUCAGAAAUGGUCUGCGCUUUUAAUUUUCCCAGACUGGAAUGGAAAGGCUUUCCUGAAAAAUCCCCAUAUGUGAUCACAUACACUCACACGCCAUUUGUUUUAAGCUGAGAACUUUGCUUUUCCUUGCUGCGGUGCAGAUCACUUUUGGUUUUGGUUUUAAUCAUCUGGCAUUCACAUGGGCUGUUUUCCAUUAAAAUAAGAAGCUUCAA